AUGGAGAGCGAGCUGGAGGCGCUAGCCCAGCAGCCGGCGAGCCCCGCUGAGCCGUCCUUCCAGGCGCUGGUGGAGGCUGCGGGCGGCCGCGGGCAGGUGCUGCUGGUGGGCGAGCUAUGGGAGCGGGAGCAGAGCCGCGCGCUGCUGCGGGACUUCUCCCUCGCCGUGUUCCCUCCGGAGCCGGGGCCGGAGCCGGGCAAGCUGAACAAACCAGGCAAGCAGAGCUGCGCAGAGACCGAGAGCGCGUGCACCGCGGAAGCCACCGGGCCGCAUCGGGCUCCGGGGGCGAAGGCAGAGCGCGCCAUCCGCUCGCCGCUCGUCUUCGUGCUGUGCCGCGCCUCGUCCCUGGCCGCCCGGAAGCCGCGGCGCCGCCUGCGGGAGAUGCUGCGGGAUGUACGAGGCCGGCGGCGGGAGGGCGCCGCGCUGGUCGGCGUCCUGGUAGCCGACUCGGGAGCGGAGGACGCGGUGGCGCCGGAACUGCAGCUGCUGGAGACGCUGCUGCGCACGGUGUUCGGCCGCCAGGUAGGGGGCCCGGUGCAGGCUGCCGCCUUCCGUCCCGGAUCCCCGGCCUCCAUCCUGGCGGUCCAGGAGGCGGCCCGCAGGGCCCUGCAAGCUGCCGGGCCAGGUCGACCAGCAGAAGGUGCCUGGGAAAGACCGGGCCUCCCUGGCCUACUGACUUGCUUUUCCUGGGGUCCUCGGAACCAGAGGAAGAACCGAGGAGGAUGCACCUCCUCCCGAGGCCCAGCUCAAGAACACCCCCAGGCCUCAGAGGAAGAGCUUGCACUGACAGCCAUAUUUCCCAAUGGAGACUGUGAAGACCGUGGGAGUGGAUCUAGAGCCCAGGAUAGAGCUGUCCACAUGCCACUGAGCCCUUAGAGGACGCAAGAUGAAGGCUGGACCCCUAGACUGGCCCUAACCUGCACACUGGGGUCUGGACCUCCUCAGUGAGUCUCCUUGUCACAGUGUUGACCUCAGCAGAUGGAGACUGACUGACUACAAAGAU